AUGCCUAAAAGCAUUGAUCAACUGGUGGCAGGCUGCGCCAGAGGAUUUGAGCGCCUAGAACAGAAACCGGGAUACACGACUAUCGUUAAUGUUACCAAACCUGAUGAGAUUGCGAGAUUCAAGACCUUGCUCAGUCGAUUCAAUCGUUGGACAAGAAAUGCCGAAACACACUCACUUGACCAGGCAUUACAAGACAACACGCGUAUCAAGCUCCAAGUCAUCCGGCUUUUGAGCCACAUCCAGAGAUUACUUCGAGAUGCCCACGCGAUCACAGUCGGGGAUCAAGUACCUUGGGAUCAGGUUGACAACGACGAGGAUUCACAAUCAGACGAUGAGAGGGAAAUACUUGAAAAUCCUCCAGAAACAGAGAUGGAGCAGAUUCUGACUCAUAUAGCCGAUGCGAUUGACAAUCUAUUGUAUCUCAUUCCGCCAUUGAGAAGACGGCUGAUUAAUGUCGGAACGACCGAUGAGCCAUCACCUUUUGAGACCUUCGAUACCCAACACGUUCGUUCCAAGUAUCCCGAAAUAGAUCCUGUUGUAGCAGAGCGUCUCGGAAAGGCUAUUUCAGCUAGGCGGCAACUCUUGAAGCUCAUGCAAGACAAUCAGAGUUACUACUUUCAUAGUCGCAAAAUACCUAUAUCAGAAUUGGAACUCCUUGCGGAGCAGAUUACACCGGAAGACCCGACACACACAAACAAUAAAGGUAACGAGGUCGGCCUUGAGAUUUCCUCUGUCACCUCAUGUUCGGCUGAAGAUGAUGGGCGAGCAAGUCGGGUCCCUGUCCUGCCCCAAGAAGCUACACAAGGUAAUUCAUUCCGCUGCGUGUAUUGCCAGGUCAUCAUAAAUGUAUCGUCCGAAGUUGAAUGGAAAAAGCAUGUGUAUGAGGAUUUGCAACCAUACAUUUGUCUGGAGGAAGAUUGCCUGACGCCUCGAUAUCAGUAUGCCCGCCGCAAAGAUUGGAUGAAACACGUGCUUGAAGCGCAUUGGAGGAUUUAUUCUUGUCCAUUUGGAUGCGGCCUCAGAUCCGCGUCAAGAAGUCAAUGUAUUGAACACCUUUGCCACAAUCAUGGUGACGAUAUGAACGCCGCCGAGAUUGAGGAUUUAGUUCAGCUUGGUACCUUCAACAAAACUGGAUUUUCAACGGGGACAUCCUGCCCCUUUUGCAAGAUCGAACUACAAGACAUCAAAACAUAUCAGAAUCAUGUUGGCGAACACCAGAGACGUCUUGCCCUCUUUGCAUUACCACUCACUUCAGAAGAUUUAGAGGAGAGAAUGGAUGAAGCCGGACCAUCAUCUGUGCAGGGAAAGAAGCCUCCGGGGCAAGACGAGGAAUCUGGCACGUACGAAGACACACCCGACCGUCAUUCUAUAGGUAUGGGAAGUCACUCGGGAAAGGACAGCUACAGAGGAGGAAGUGGCCUUCCAAAGGGCCAGGCACGGAGAAAGGUACUGUGGUAUUGGAUAUGCUAUGCGGGCUUCCUCGGUGUGUAA